AUGUAUCGACAAUUAUUUUUUGCUCGAUCAAAACUUCUUAAUAUAAAUAUAAAUGGACGAUCUCAAAUAUUAUGUUUAUCAUCAUUACAAUCCGAAUGGAGUAAAUUAGCAACAAAACAAUUAAAAAAAAUUCCAUUAGAUUCGCUCAAUGUAAUAACACAUGAAGGAAUUAAAUUAAAACCAUUAUAUACAUCAGAAGAUGUUAAAGGAAAAGAAGAAAUUCCCGGUGCAUAUCCAUAUACUCGUGGUCCAUAUCCAACAAUGUAUGCUCAACGACCAUGGACUAUACGUCAAUAUGCUGGUUUUAGUACAGUUGAAGAAUCAAAUCGGUUUUAUCGAGCUAAUUUAGCUGCUGGUCAACAAGGUCUUUCAGUUGCAUUUGAUUUAGCUACACAUCGUGGUUAUGAUUCUGAUAAUGAACGUGUUAGUGGUGAUGUUGGAAUGGCUGGUGUUGCUAUUGAUACUGUUGAAGAUAUGAAACAAUUAUUUGAUUCAAUACCUCUUGCAAAUAUUUCAGUAUCAAUGACUAUGAAUGGAGCUGUUUUACCUGUUCUUGCUAUGUAUGUUGUUGUAGCUGAAGAACAAGGAGCAAAACAAGAUCAAUUAACUGGAACAAUUCAAAAUGAUAUUUUAAAAGAAUUUAUGGUUCGUAAUACAUAUAUUUAUCCACCUGAACCAUCAAUGAGAAUAAUAGCGGAUAUAUUUCGAUAUACAUCAAAACAUAUGCCUCAUUUUAAUUCAAUUUCAAUAAGUGGUUAUCAUAUGCAAGAAGCUGGUGCAACAGCUGCACUUGAAUUAGCUUAUACUAUUGCUGAUGGUCUUGAAUAUUGUCGAACUGGUAUAAAAGCUGGUUUAAAUAUAGAUGAUUUUGCUCCACGACUUUCUUUUUUUUGGGGUAUUGGAAUGGAUUUUUAUAUGGAAAUAGCAAAACUUCGAGCAGCUCGUCGUUUGUGGGCUAAUUUAAUGAAAGAAUAUUUUUCACCUAAAAAAGCUCAAUCAAUGAUGUUACGUUGUCAUUGUCAAACAUCUGGAUGGUCAUUAACAGCACAAGAUCCAUAUAAUAAUAUUAUUCGUACAACAUUAGAAGCAUUAUCAGCUGUUUUUGGUGGUACACAAUCUUUACAUACAAAUUCAUUUGAUGAAGCACUUGCAUUACCUUCAGUUCAAAGUGCAAGAAUUGCAAGAAAUACUCAAAUUAUUUUACAAGAAGAAACAGGAAUUCCUAAGGUUAUUGAUCCUUGGGCUGGAUCUUAUAUGAUGGAAUCAUUAACUGAUGAAAUUUAUUCAAAAGCUCGAGAAUUAAUAAAUGAAGUUGAACAAAUGGGUGGAAUGGCUAAAGCUAUUAUUGCUGGUGUACCAAAAUUAAAAAUAGAAGAAUGUGCAGCUAAACGACAAGCUAUGAUUGAUGAUGGAAAAGAAACAAUUGUUGGUGUUAAUAAAUAUAAAUUAGAAAAAGAAGAAGUUAUUCAAGUUCUUCAAAUUGAUAAUCAACAAGUUCGACAACAACAAAUUGAAAAAAUAAAAAAAGUUAAACAACAACGUAAUCAAUCAAAGGUUGAUCAAUGUCUCGAAAAUCUUCGAGAAAUAGCUCGUGAUACAUCUGCUUCAGGAAAUUUAUUUCAAGCAAGUAUUGAAGCAUCACGAGCUCGUUGUACACUUGGAGAAAUCUCACAAGCAUUAGAAGAUGUUUUCUCUCGUCAUCUUGCUGAUUCACGUUUUGUUAGUGGAGCAUAUAGAAAAGCUUUUAAUCAAGGAAAAAAUAAUGAUGAACUUCAACAAGUUAUUGAUCGAGUUGAAAAAUUUGCUAAAAUUGAUGGUCGUCGUCCUCGAAUACUCGUUGCAAAAAUAGGACAAGAUGGACAUGAUCGAGGAGCUAAAGUUAUUGCAUCUGCUUUCAGUGAUCUUGGAUUUGAUGUUGAUAUUGGACCUUUAUUUGCUACUCCAUCAGAAGUUGCAUUACAAGCAAUAGAUGCUGAUGUUCAUAUUGUUGGCAUAAGUACUUUAGGUGCUGGACAUAAAACAUUAGUACCUGAAUUAAUUAAAAAAUUAAAUGAAUUAGGUCGACGUGAUAUUGUUGUUACUGUUGGUGGAGUUAUUCCACCUCAAGAUCAUCAACAAUUAUAUGAUCAAGGUGUUAAACUUAUAUUUGGACCAGGUACACGUAUUCCUGAAGCUGCUAUGCAAAUUCUUGAUCAUAUUGAAAAAACAUUUACUUCAACAAACAAAUCAAAAUAA